CUGGCUGGAGGUAACACAAAUUAAAUCUUACAGGGUCAGUUUUAACAGUUUCAGAAUGAAAUAGAUUGUUUGUUUUUUAUACCGCCACACCUGAAAGGGAAAAAAAGUUUGCUGUCAAGUACUGGCAACGGCUCGAACUGUUUGUACACUUAGGAUAAAGACAAAAUGGCAAUAUCUGACAUCCUUUCAAGAUCCAUCUUUCAAAACCUCCAAGAAGAGUUGGAACACAGCACAUUUCACGAUGUGAUAAUCAGUGUCCAAAACACAGAAUUCAAAAGCCACAAGUUCAUUUUAAGUGCCAACUCAAAGUAUUUUAAAAACAUCUUCACCACGGAACGUGAUCGAACUUCAAGUGCACCAAUUGUUUUGAAAAAUAUCAUCCCUGAAACUUUUAGUCUCGUUCUGGACUGCAUCUAUGGAGGUAAAGAUGUUCUGACUGCUGCCAACUUAGUUGAAAUCUGGCAUGCUGCUGUUUAUUUAGAGAUAGACUUUUUAUACCAGGCCUGUGAACUUUACCAGACAUCUCGUGUGACCAAAGAAAAUUGUGUCGAAAUGGCCAAUCAAGCUAAAACUUUUAAGUCCAAGAAGUUAAAGGAAGCUGCCUGGAAUAUGAUUAUAAAAGAAUUUAAAGACAUUUCUAGGAGACAGGAUGUCGUUUUGCUGGAUGCAGAGGACAUGCUUCAGAUAAUUAACAGUGAAGACCUAGCUAUAGACAGCGAGGAUUACGUGGUUAACGCCAUAGUGAGAUGGGUGCAGCACUCUCCUGAGAUCAGUGAUUGUAAAGGUACUGAUGAUAACAGUCAAAUGGAUUACAAAAGUCGUGAAAAAGAAAUGCACAAAGAAAACUGCAACAAUUCCAUCAAGAAAAGAAAGAAUUAUAUAGUGGAUAUGCUCAAGGCGAGCAGACUUUGUCUGGUAAGCGGAAGUUGUCUACAGAGCCUGUUGGACGUCAAGGUCAUUGCUGAGAACAAACAAUGUUUUCCAGUCAUCUGUAAAGCAUUACAAUACCACGUGCAACCGGAUAGGCGUGGCUACCAUUGUCCACCACAAGCCAUUCACAGGGCAAACAGUAAAUUGGAGAAUGUUAUUGUAAGCUUCAAUUAUUCUAAUCCAGCAUGUCACAUGUCCUGUAGAACAUUAGACGGAACGUGGUAUCUGGUCGCUACUCUACAAUACAUACUUGCAAGUCCUAUUUUAUAUGGACAAACAAUUUACUCAACUGGGCCUGCAAAUAGCGCAAAUUUAUACUCAUAUUGCACUGUACAGAAACAAUGGAAAACACUUCAUGGUUUUGCCACUCUCGGUACACACGUCUUAAUUGGGCUUGAUCGUCAUCUUUAUGCAGUUAGCAGCACUAUCUACAGAUUACAAAUGAUGGAAUACACUUAUGUUUGGGAGAGCGUGGGCAAUAUUCUGAUUCCUGUUACCGACGUAACGUUAACAGCUUGCGGAACUAACAUUGUCAUUUUUGGAAUGGACACAAGCUCUCGUCAGUUCAAGGUUCAGCUUUUUGAUACACUGACCUUCACCUGUACUGUUUACACUGACCAACUCCCUGACCAAAUUAAGAAUUCAAAGCCUUUUCACGUUUACAACGGCUCUUACAUUUUACAUUCAAGUGGAGAAGUCUUUAAGUUGACACCUUGUGACAAAAAUAAGGUUCAGUUUGAGAACAAGGGCAAGCUUUUUGAUAGACCUUUGACCCUCUGUGCUGCAGUUACAUUCAAAGAUAAUCUCAUUAUUGCAGUCAGUAACAUCGAUCCUCAGAUGACCAGGAAAUGGGAGACUCAGAUAAUUGAUGGUGUGAAAAGUGUGGAGGUUAUAGAACGCCAGAGUACAUUCCUACUAAAUGCUGCUUUUCCAAAAAGUCUAUUGCUUACGAAGGAGACAUAAGGGCAAAUAAGUGAUCAAUAAUGAUCAUAUUUGAUCAAGUGCUCAAUAGUUACAUGAAUAUCGGUUGAACAUUUUCUUGCCAACCGAUUCAUCUAAUAUGGAAGGGGGAGGGGGCAAAAAAGCAACGAAAAGAAUUUGUGAACAUUUGGACAAUGUUUCUGUGCAGAUUGAUGAACCAUUCGAAUAAAUAAGAUAGGACAUCUCCGCAUAGUUUAUAUUGUUUUGGGCCCUCAAACUAAACGUCUGGAUUUCCACGUAGUUAUUAACAACUGCUGCUUUGAACAUUUAUUUUGCUGGAGAAUCAUUUUAUAACAUUACAUUUUGAAAUAUUAUUUAAUUAAGAAAUAUUCUCAUUUUGUUUUUAGAUUAAAUACUUUUCAUUCUAUAGUUUAAAUCGCAAAAUAUUACAAGUCGGUUGUUUAUUUCUUAAGUUUAUGAGUUCGUUAAAAUUUGCUGCUAACUUGAAGUAAAUUUUACAAAAAUUGUUAGACCCUUAGAAGAGCGUAGGUGUCAUCCAGAGUAUAUGUAAUGGGUUGCUAUACAUUAUAAAACAUGCUUGUUAUCAAGAAGAGAUUUAAUAUAAUUGUACUAUCACUUCUUCA